AUGGCGUACAGAGGCAAGCUCGCCAUCGUGGCCGGCGGCUUGGGAGGCCUAGGUUCUGCAACAGCCAAGCUCCUUCAUUCCUCCGGCGCAUCUCUUGCUCUCCUAUACGCUCCGUUCGAAGCAUCCAGACGUGACCCCCAACUUGAGGCGGCCUUCGGGAAGCCCACACCCGACACAGUACGAACAUAUGAAGCUGACAUCACCAAUGAGGAAUCUGUCAAGGCAGCCUUUGCAGCCAUUACCAAGGAUUUGAGCCUUCAGUCGCCACCAGUCUUCCCUUCCAUUCUGAUCAAUGCAGCUGGGUACGUCUCAGUACAACCACUGGUGGAUACAUCGGCGGAAGAAGCAGCGAAGAACAUCCUUCCCAACCUCCUCGGGCCCUUCAUUGUCAGCAAUGCUUUCUUCAACCUCUACACCAGCACCGCUGCCCCGCCUGGUGGGGAGAAGCCGCCAGGGCGCGUAGUCUCUAUCUCGUCACAAGCUGCUCACGUGGCGUUGCCCAACCAUGGCGCGUACUGCGCCUCCAAAGCCGGAUUGCUGGGCCUGGUGCGGUCUCAGGCGUUGGAAUGGGGUCCGCACGGCAUCACCAGCAACAGCGUUUCACCAACGGUGGCGAUGACGGAGUUGGGGCGCAAGGCAUGGGCGGACGAGACGAAGCGGAAUGAAAUGUUGGCGCAGAUUCCGGUGGGUAGAUUUGCGGAGCCGGAUGAGAUUGCCGAAGCCAUGGAGUGGCUGUGUCGAGAUGCGAAUGGAAUGCUGAAUGGCGCUGAUAUUAGGAUUGAUGGAGGUAAGUCCUCGUGA